AUGGGCUUCAUUACAUCCGUAGCUCGCUGUGUGCGAGAAAACAGACUCUCGCUCAGACUUUCAAAUGCAAAGCCGCAACGACUCGACGAUGACUCGAACGAUCUGAUCAAAACAAUCUCCCAUACUGCCUCCGUCGCCCCCGCCGAGAGCAUUGCGUCUGCAUCUACCAUGGUCCAGCAUUCAUCUCAAGAGCCGGUCAUCCCGACUGAGUCCCCCGCGCAUAUGAAGCAGCCGGCUCCAUGGGAUUUGGACAUUCGGACAAUGUUUGACGAAGUGGAUUCGCUGGAUCCGGCUACGAGUCGUGCUAUCAGGGCGUUGUCGAUGCCCGAAUAUCCUGUUCUUAGGAUGGAUACUAUUCAGUCACCAUUCGAUACGCCGACGAAGAAACUAGACGACGCGAUUGAUCCGGGAGAGAAAGAUGUCCAAAAUGGAGGCAAGACAGAAAAGUCUAAGAAAUCUCGAAAAAGCCGGGAAGAAAAGCGCUCGAGGGAUACUCAAACAGAAGAAUCUGGCAGAGCCUCAAGAAUAAAACGAUCGAUGACUGGAUUGCUCAAGAGACGCUCGCUCAAGGUCCCGCAAACACCCACAUCGCUGAAGACGUUGCGGAAUUCCAAUUCGCCAAAGUUGAUUGAUUCUUCAAGUAUUGUGGAGGAGGAUGUUGUGGGUGAGAAGGACGAUCUCAAGUGGCUCGAGGCGAAUGGAUUACGGAGGUUUGACAAGAGAAGUAGUGGGUUCUGGACUGGAGAGGGAAUGGGAAGACUGUGGUGA